GGGGAACUUGCAUCAAAAUCUGUAUUUUUCCAUAAUGUAAUCGAUUCCGUGCUCUUUUGUUCAAUCAUCUUGUCGCAGAAAAUUGUUAGAGCUAGCCCCAGGAAAUUUACGAAAGGAUAAUUUUGACAACACAACAAAGACAAUAAAGCGGAAAGAAUAAAGCGACAAGAACAAACAAAACACCAGAACACCAGAUAUACGUGGUUCGAUCAAAUGACUUUGACCUACAUCCACGGAAGAAAGAGGAGCAAAUUACUAUUAUAAAAGAGGGACACUUACAAAUGCCUUAGGAAAUGUUCCUAGGCCAUAAAACACCUUCAGCUUCCUAAACAAGAAGACUUCAAACCAUAAGCAGGUUUUCUUAUGAUACCUGCUGUACUUCUUGUGGUGUCUGUGGUACUUCUCGUGGUGUGUCUAACAUCAAAGCUCAGGCCCUUAUUUAUAGUUCCAAGACGAGACAACAAGUCUGAUUUUCCCGAUGUGGGACUAUGAGACUUGCCAAACUAACAAAUCUCCACCUUGGCAUGUCCCAACAAAACUUGCUCCACCUUCUUCACAAAAGCCCCAACGGGCAAUCACCAACAAUGAACACCAACCAAGUCCAAGCACUGCUUGAACUUGUAAACCGGAAGAGGCUUCGUAAACAUAUCAGCUGGAUUGUCCUUCGUAUGAAUUUUCUGAACAAGGACUUUUCCUUCAGCAAUGAUAUCCCGAAUAAAAUGAAACUUCACAUCGAUGUGUUUUGUCCUCUCAUGAUACAUCUGGUCUUUAGUCAAAUGAAUAGCACUUUGACUAUCACAGUAAAUUGUAAUAACACUUUGAUGCAGACAUAAUUCGCUGAACAAUCCUCUUAACCAUAAAACUUCUUUGAUCGCCUCUGUCACUGCCAUAUAUUCUGCCUCUGUAGUAGAUAAAGCUACGACAGAUUGUAAGGAAGCUUUCCAAUUAACUGCACAACCGCCAACGCAAAAUACAUAGCCUGUCAAAGAUCUUCGUUUAUCAAGAUCCGCAGCAUAAUCAGAGUCGACGAAACCAACCAAAGUGUCACGAUUUUUUCCAAACUCCAAACAAGCAUCUGAAGUCCCUUGCAAGUAUCUGAGAAUCCACUUCACAGCCUGCCAAUGUGUUUUACCCGGGCGAGACAUAUAUCUACUAACCACACUGACUGCUUGUGAAAUAUCUGGACGAGUACAAACCAUUGCAUACAUAAUACUGCCGAUGGCACUAGAAUAUGGAACUUUCACCAUAUAUUCUUCCUCUUCAACUGACUGUGGUGACUGAGCAGCAGAUAGCCGAAAAUGGCUAGCAAGAGGAGUACUAACUGGCUUAGCAUUUUUCAUGCCAAACCUCUCCAAGAUUUUCUUGAGGUAAUUUUUCUGAGUCAGAAAUAAUUUUCCAACUCCUCGAUCUCUUUUGAUCUCCAUGCCAAGAAUUUUUUUAGCUGCUCCCAAAUCUUUCAUUUCAAAUUCACUACUCAGUUGUAUUUUCAAAAUGUGAAUUUCUGACAAAUUCUUAGCUGCAAUAAGCAUGUCAUCAACAUAAAGCAACAAAUACACAAAAGAGCCAUCAGUUAACUUCCGGAAGUAAACACAACUAUCAUACAUGCUCCUCGUGUAACCAUGACCCAACAUAAAAGAAUCAAACCUCUUAUACCACUGUCUUGGAGACUGCUUCAAUCCAUACAAAGAUUUCUUUAACAAGCAAACAUGGUCUUCCUUACCAUCAACUUCAAAUCCAUGAGGUUGCUCCAUAUAAAUUUGUUCUUCAAGUUCACCAUGUAAGAAAGCUGUCUUGACAUCAAGUUGCUCCAAUUCCAAAUCAUACAUGGCAACUAAAGCAAGCAAAACACGAAUAGAGCUAUGUUUAACAACAGGUGAAAAUACGUCAUUAAAAUCAACACCAUGUACCUGACUAUAGCCCUUUGCAACCAACCGUGCUUUGUACCUUGCAUCUUCAACCCCUAGAAUACCUUCCUUCCUUUUGAAGACCCAUUUGCAUCCAACAAUUUUCUUACCAGAAGGCGGCUUCACAAGAUCCCAAGUUCUAUUCCGAUGGAGAGACUCAAUUUCUUCAUUCAUCGCAAUCAACCACUUAGCGGAAUUAUCACAAGAAACUGCAUCUGAGUAGGAAGUAGGCUCAUCAACUUCACUUGUCUCUUCUGCAACAGACAAAGCAUAUGCAACCAAAUUUGCAUAUCUUUGUGGUGGUCGAAUAUCUCUUAUAUGACGCAUAUGCCAUAAUUUGGUGAUGUCAGAAUCAGACAAUGAUGAUGACGAAACUGCAACUGAACCUGUGACAGUAGUUCCCUGCAGAAUAUACAAGCUACCAGACCUACAAGCUUUCAUAACAAUAAGAGCACUUCUAGAAACUUUCAUAACUCCACCUUCAGCUGUGUAUUUACACCCAAGGGCCUCUAGGGUGCCUAAAGAGAUGAGAUUCUUUUUCAAAUCAGGAACAUGUCUAACAUUAGUGAGCGUCCUCACAAUACCAUCAUGCAUUUUAAUUCGGAUUGUUCCUCUACCAACAACAUCACAUGCGGCAUUAUUGCCCAUCAAAACAAUUCCACCAUUACAAGAUUCAUAUGUGAAAAACAAAUCCCUAUUGGGACACAUGUGAUAAGAACAACCUGAAUCUAAAAUCCAUUCAUUUUUAGACUUUGUCCUGUCAUCAGUAGCAAAGAAAAUAUUUCCAAAAUUCUCAUCAGAUGCUACACUAGCUUCAGCGGAUUCAAUAGUUUUCUCAACAAAUUUUUCCUUUUGCUUUAAUUUAUUUUUCAAUUUAAAGCAAUCAGAUUUAAUGUGCCCCAUUUUAUGACAAUAUCUGCAUUCCAAAUUUCUAUGUCUGGAUUUAGAUCUAGAUUUAGAUCUACUACUGUCAAAUUCUCUUUUAUCCAUUUUAUCCCUGACAACCAGACCCUCAGCCUGAUUUCUUCUACUUUCCCCAGUGAUAUCUCUGUCUAUUUGCUCCUUAGAUUUUAGUGCAGAUUUAAUUUCCUGAUACGAAACUGUUUCUUUUCCAUAAAUCAAAGUAUCACGGAAAUGCUUAAAAGAUUGGGGAAGAGAACACAAGAGCAACAAAGCCUUAUCCUCAUCAUCAAUUUUUGCAUCUAUAUUCUCCAAAUCCAUAACCAAAGAAUCAAACUUAUCAAGAUGCGAGAGUAUAGAUGUACCUUCAACCAUCCGAAGCAUAUACAGACUCUGCUUCAAGUAGAGACGAUUCUCCACUGUCCUCUUCAUGUACAAGGCUUUAAGUUUGUCCCACAUGCUCUUAGCCAUAGUCUCCAUAGCUACCUCCCGUAAAACCUCGUCAGAGAGAUUUAGAAUGAUACUGGAUCGGGCCUUCUUAUCCAUACCCGCAAGAUCUUCCUUUGACGUACCAUCUGGAAUGUUCUCAGCACCCUGAAGUGCCAAAUCAACUCCGUCUUGAACCAGAAUGGCCUCCAUCUUGAGUUGCCACAUGCCGAAGUUGACAUUUCUGUCGAAUUUCUCGACAACGAUCUUUGAUAUUGUCAUUGUUGCCAAAAGAUCCCAGAACCAGGCUCUGAUACCAGUUUGUUAGAGCUAGCCCCAGGAAAUUUACCAAAGGAUAAUUUUGACAACACAACAAAGACAAUAAAGCGGAAAGAAUAAAGCGACAAGAACAAACAAAACACCAGAACACCAGAUAUACGUGGUUCGAUCAAAUGACUUUGACCUACAUCCACGGAAGAAAGAGGAGCAAAUUACUAUUAUAAAAGAGGGACACUUACAAAUGCCUUAGGAAAUGUUCCUAGGCCAUAAAACACCUUCAGCUUCCUAAACAAGAAGACUUCAAACCAUAAGCAGGUUUUCUUAUGAUGCCUGCUGUACUUCUUGUGGUGUCUGUGGUACUUCUCGUGGUGUGUCUAACAUCAAAGCUCAGGCCCUUAUUUAUAGUUCCAAGACGAGACAACAAGUCUGAUUUUCCCGAUGUGGGACUAUGGGACUUGCCAAACUAACAAAAAUUCGUACGGCGGAGCUGGAUGGAAAAACAGUCAAGCUGCAAAUUUGGGACACAGCAGGACAGGAGCGGUUCAGGACCAUAACAAGCAGUUACUAUCGUGGAGCGCAUGGCAUCAUUAUUGUUUAUGACAUUACAGAGAUGGAAAGUUUCGACAAUAUCAGGCAGUGGCUAAGUGAGAUUGACAGAUAUGCUAACGAUAGUGUGUGCAAGCUUCUUGUUGGAAACAAAUGUGAUUUAGUUGAGAACAGAGUUGUGGAAAUGGAGAAGGCAAAGGCAUUUGCAGAUUCACUUUGUAUUCCUUUUAUUGAGACAAGUGCAAAGGAUUCAAUCAAUGUGGAGAAGGCUUUCUUAACCAUGUGUGCUGAAAUAAAGAAAAGCAGAAUGGGAAACCAACACAGUGCACAGAGAGCACCAUCUACCACUGUCCAGAUGAAAGGCCAACCUAUUCAGCAGAAGAGCAGCUGUUGCAGUUAAUCCUGUUAUACCUGUGCAUCUUGUUUGGAAGAAAUGUGACAUCAGUUUGGACAAUCAAGCAACUAAAUAAGCAUACAUCAAUAUUAAAUGUUGGAAGAUCCUAAAUGACUUGUGUUCUGUCUACAAAAUAUAUGACCUCACAUCUUUCUUAGCCUGUGAUCUAUUUAUUACACAGAUUGCCAGAA